AUGAGCACUCAACACAGGAUGAGGUGGAAAUGCUUUGCUACAAACCAUGAACCACUGGCGUAUAUAACGCCCCAAGAGUUUGAAGACCACAUGAGAAAUAAUCACGCUGGCCAUUUUCAAGAGGAUGAGCUGGCUUUCAUUGUUGAAAUCAGUGCACACCCAAUUACUCCCACUCUCGAACACUGCCCAUUCUGCUCGUAUACAGAUGGAAAUUUUGAAGAGCACGUUGGUCAACAUUUGCGAGAGUUUGCUUUGCGAUCGUUGCCAUGGCCAGAUCAUGAAGAGAAGGGAUCCCAACACAGCAGCCAGUGCGACAGUGACAGCACAAGCUCUGCGAAGAGCCGAGAGACAUUGAAUGAUACCGGUGAAUGGCUUCCGCUCCCAAUUUUCGACGACGUUGGAGAUAAUGAUAACGACGACGCAAUGGAGAUUGAAAAAGAGUCUGGAAAUCGAUUGAAAUUAUACGGACAGUUCCCUAAGAUCGCUGCUCAACAUGAACCUCUUAUUCUCGAAUCUCUCAAUGAUGAAACGAUCGAGGCGUUUGCUUGUAACAAAUACAAAGUGGGAAAUGUGAAGUCUUUGAUACGGGUCUUGUCAGGAAAAACGUCCAAAUUCGAGAGAAUUAGAGAAUCAAAUUCCUGGAUUGACAUCUCAAAGGAGCCGGCUUCUCUGCUGAAAUACCUUGAAAGUCGGAGCGAGCUCUUCUCAGAGAGAAUUAUACGCAUAAUGUCUCUCCUCAUAGGAUACGAUGUUCUCCAUCAGAACGGUAUUUCCUGGUUUCAACGAGGUUUGAAUUCUGCAAAUGUUUAUUUUUUCCAAACAGCCGAUCGUAAGACGCCUCUUCGGCCAUUCAUUCAAGUUAAUCUACCUGAGCCUAGUGAAGCUAUUAGUCUCAGAGUCGACAAUGAAAACAAUUAUGACGCAGAUGUGGACGGGUUUGACGGUGGACAUCCUUGUCCAGCUCUUAUUGAUUUGGCAGUGGUCUUGAUAGAGAUCUACUUUGCAAAGCCAUUCACCAAGCUUGCACAGAUUAUUGGUAUUCCGCUCAAGAGUUCCGGCCGCCAAAUAAGGCUGGUGGACGUUGAUCAGGUCUUCAAUGGUUGCCCAGAAAACAAGGCGGACGAAUGGCGACUCCAGAUUCCUGAGGAUUCUGCUUUCCUCAAGGCCAUAGACAACUGCUUGAGCCCAACAAUGUGGAUGGAUGAAGAAGGCGACCCUCUUGAUAAUACGACACUACAGGUUUGGAUUUAUGAACAUGUUGUUCAAUUCUUGGAGAUCUACUUGACUGCUGGCUUUGGAAACAUCUCUCUAGCUAACAUUGAAAGCUACGCAAAAAGUCUUGAUCUUGGGCAACUAGGCCAGAUAAUAGAUAGUUAUGAGCCGUGA